GCCAGGCGAUGCUUUUUGCAGGACAAUCCAAGCUCCUCCCUUGCACAACGUCAUCCGAUCCCGAUCUCUCUCCCAAAGCGUCAGCGAUAGUCAGCAACAUACUGUGGUGGCAGAUCAGCGGGGCGGUACGCGCAGCAGGAUAAAGCCACACUGUAUUUCAUCCAAAAAAGAACCAGAAAAGGGGGCGCAUCCCACCAUUUCUGGAGUUGCAACAACUUCGCCGGCCUGGUGUGCUGAUUUCUGAAAGCUGGCCGUGGCUGCACACCGGGAGAACCGGGACAUACGGAACUAAAACAGGGACCAUUCCCACUAAUCUGCAAGGUGUUGUGCUAGUUUUGCAAAGGAAGUGGAAAGAGAAACAACAUUGCCUCGGAGGAACUCUUAAGUGUUGGAAACUUCCCAGUAGAGCAUCGAUCGAGGACCUCCCGCCCACUUUACCUCAGUUCCACAAUACUGGAGGGGGGGGGAGAGAGAGAGUUCAGCAGGCGCUGCGGUGGAUGGAGCAACAAAGGCUAUAUGGUUAAACUGGAAGAGCUUCUUUGAUAAGAACCCAGCGCUCCUUUCUGUUCUUGCCUGCUAUUUUGUAAAGCACUUCUACGCCUAAACAGCAAUUCUACAGCUGCUUGGAUCUUGCUUUGGGGACCAAGCCAGGUUCUCCUUAGUGCAAACUCUCUCUGGCAGACAGGGAAUCGCCGCAGACGAGAAAUUGAUGCUUUGGCACGGAGAAGCGCAACACCAAUCCUCUAGUUUUGCGAAAGUCUCCCACUGCUGUGUAAGGGAGGUAGACUAGUUUGGACCGAAGUGGGAUUUCCAGAAGUUGCAUGCGGGGUCUGUGUUGUGUCGAGUGAGCACUAUCCAUCUACUCUCAGGUUAUCAGACCAGAUCCGGAUAGUUGAGGUGCCAUGGCGGUGUAUGUGGGGAUAUGGGCGCUCCUGUUGGCGCUGAACAUUCAAGCUGGCAGUGGACAGAUGGUACAGAUGGACACCAGUAAGUCUGGCUUCGUGGGUUCACAAGUGGAGCUGCGCUGCGUUUUCAGCAACAGUAAUCCACCAGUCAAGAUCUCCCAAGUAACCUGGCAGAAGCUUCUCAAUGGCACCAAACAGAAUGUGGCCAUCGCCAACCCGGCCCUGGGUGUGUCUGUGCUGCCGCCCUUCAAGGAGCGGGUCAGCUUCAAACAUGCAGCUGUUCGUCAUCGUACUCCCUCAUUGGAAGACACCACAAUUGUGUUCUCCAACCUGCAGCUGUCCGACGAGGCUGCCUACAUUUGCGAGUAUACCACAUUUCCUGCAGGCAACCGUGAGAACAUGGUCAACCUUACUGUGUAUGCUCGGCCCAUGACACGUAUGACCUUGACGACCCCUACGAUUGUGGCUAGGGCUCAGAAGCGUAAGAUGACAGUUGCAACUUGUGUAUCUGCGAAUGGAAAGCCCCCAAGCGUGAUCAAAUGGGAUACCAGGUUGAAAGGCGAAGCCACUUACCAGGAGACUCGCAACCAGAAUGGGACAGUGACGGUCCGGAGCAACUAUGUGGUGAUACCGAGCCGCGAGACCCACAAACAGAAGCUCACGUGCAUCGUCACGUACCGAAAUGAGAAGAUCACAGACAGCGUGGUGCUCAACGUUCAGUAUGAACCCGAGGUGCAGAUCGAGGGGUUUGAUGGAAACUGGUACCUGAACCGUCAGAAUGUUCAGCUGACCUGCAGGGCUGAUGCUAACCCCCCUGUCACGAUCUACCAGUGGAAACUUUUAAAUGGCUCCCUACCCAGCAAUGUGGAAAUCAAGAACAACACCUUGUUCUUCAAGGGCCCUGUGACCUACGACUUGGCUGGGACGUAUGUCUGUGACGCUACCAACGGCAUCGGGACUCGCACCGGCAUCGUGGACGUCAACAUCACAGAAAUUCCUGUCCCCACCUACGGUGGCACCACACAUGUCCCACAGGAGCAACACAAUGCAGGUGUCGCCAUCGGGGGUGCUGUGGGGGGUGUUGCCCUCUUGGGUCUGGCGGCCAUACUGCUCUUCAUAUUCCUGCGCCGCCGCCAGCGCACCUUCAAGGGAGACUACAGCACCAAGAAACAUGUGUUCGGAAAUGGGUACAGCAAGGCUGGUGGGCUGCCUACCCACCCCCCCAUCCCUAAGAACUUGCAGUACCCGGACGACUCGGACGAAGAGAAGAAACCCGCCCAGAUUGGUACCACUGGAGGGUUUGAGGCAGGCGACCGUGAUUUCGAUGCUGAAUCAGACCUGAAGAGGCCCUAUUUCACUGUGGAUGAAGGAGAGAGCCGAGAUUACGAUGAGCGGACUCUGGCUUUCCAGUAUGAGCCUGAAUCUGAAAUAGCCGAUGAUAUGAUCUCUCAAACCGAUGGUUCUGUCAUUUCUAAGAAAGAAUGGUAUGUGUAGUGGCAUGCAACAACCAAACCAAACAACCCUUUGUCCCCCACCUCCAUUCCACCUCACCCUUCACCUCCAUCACGACCCCCACCCUCCCAUUUAUCAAACUGCACUAUCAUAGUCCCUCUUUUGGUCACCCUAAUAUCCCGCCCCCUUUCACAUCUGACCCCAUCCAACUAAUAUCAACUAGAAAAUCAAGUGUCUAUUUAAAGUGCUAGCAACAUCAACUUCUCAGCAUUGGUAUCAGUACCAUCAGGUGAAUGGGCAAAGUGUACAAACGAAGGUAUGUAGAUGGACACACUGUUGCUGACAUACAAGGUCGGUGUGGUGAUUGGUCGAUUAAUCCUGGUGUAUUCUUCAUUUCGUGUAUUUUUUCAUAUUAUAAAUGUGUUAAAUGUAUAAAAAGAGACAGCAGGUUGAGGUUUUGCUGAGCACAUUUGUGAAAGUCCUACACUGGAUGUUCAGUUUGUUUUCUUUUUCUUUCUACAUUAGCAUUGCAGUUUUGUUAUUGUUUUUAUAAAUGUCUUUUUGUAUGAUUUUUAAGUGACCAGAGAACUGAGAGUUAAGUGUCUAACAUAAUUACAGGUGGAGUUCUACGUGUGUGUAGUUUUGUGGUCAAAUGUUUCAGAGAAAUUGGGGGGGGGGAAAUGGGAUACAUACUGUUUCUCAGUGGGGUUAGCGUUACUAAUUUUUAUAUAUUCACAGCAUUAAAACACAUAUGUUAAUGCUGUUUUCCAAAGGUGUGGCUAGCAUUUCUUGACCCCCUGUGUUUAUGUGCUCGACUUGUUUCUUUACCGAGAGGAAGUCAGUCUACUGAGCCAUAUGGACAUGGCAGUAACAUAUAAAUAUCCAGUAUGCUUUUUUUUUUUUUAUUAAUUUCAAGCGUUAGUGCCCUUAUUGUUGCAGCAGUAUAGCCGAGGAGAGAAGGGCUGCAAUUGUAUCAUACAAAACAGUUUCUACUUUUCAGUGGUGCAUCACAGUCAUGUCCAAAAGACACUUGGUGAGUUUCACAGGGAAAUCUUCAAAAAUGCUCUGAAAUGUCAUGAUUGUCAUUUGACUUGAACAGUUUGACUUGUGUACACAAUCUCGAAAUCUUACCACUGUAAUGAAAUGUCUGUCUUUUGCAUUUAGCUGUCAUAAUUAUAUUUUUUUCUGACCCUCUUUUUUUUUUUUCUUCUUCUUUUCAAAUGGAUGUCAGUCAAAAGUGUCUGAGGAGUUUUCCUGUAACGACUCUGUCUCUCUUUAUAAUUGUGACUUUACUGAAUAGUUGGCUUACAUCAACAGCAUUUUCUAUGAGGAGUCAUCCAUGGACACAAAGGACACAAAUAGGAGAAACUGAUGUUUUCAUUUCAGUCUGAAGAGAAAACAUGCUAACAAGUAAAGGGAAUUUAAAAUAUGGUGGCCCUUCUGAAGUCACCUGCUGCUUUCAUGAUGCUUUUGUUCAUUUUCUUUUGCUUUUUAAGUGACUAUCCAGAGAUUUUAAGGUGGUUUUAAAAUUAUAAGAGUUGCUUCCUUAAUUUUGGCAUCUCAGUCUGCUAAUGGGGAAUCAAUGACUCUGUCUGCAGGCUCUCUAUAUACUAUAUCUAUAUAUGUUUUUAAAAUCACCGCUAACAAGUGCCAGUGGAUGCUAGCAUAGCUAAUGACUUGUUUCUCUCCUCAGCACAGAGGUUCAUUACACAAUCAGCAAAAUGUAUUUGCAUCAAAAAAAAAAGCGCAAUGUGAAAAAUUGGUUAUAAUGGAAGCAUUGGAGGAAAUCUAUCAAUGUAAACGACAUAUCUGACUGGCUCUGAACAAUAUAAAUACUGUAUUAAGCCUUAUUUUAUGCAUGUUUUGUGUGUGGGAGUGGAAGUGCAUAUGUUGCUAUUUUUUUCCUAUCAGUUCCAGUGUGCUUAUCCUCAUUUGCAGCUCAGAAGACUACACUUUGUCGGUGUCGUCAGUAUUGACAGAGGUAUGAGUUCCUAGGUACACAGUACCCAGCAACAAUUUUGCAGUUAACACAAGAAAAGUGUAAAGUAUAUAUAAAUAUAUAUAGAAUAAUAAAAAUGAAAAAAAAUAACAUCUCUGUGAGAGCAGUUCCCUCUGCUCGAGAUGUGAAUGUUUUACAGUCCACGCUUGUCUACUGUAUGUUUUUAGAUGAGCAUGUUAAUCAUGAACCUCAAACUAUAUUGUAUUUUCAAAACAAAUCAGCAUCACAGUAUGGGGAAUUGUUUUUUUUUUAAGUCUGUUAGUCUCAAUUUAGUUAGUCAGCCUUAUUUUCUAAAGCCUUACUUCUUUUCUGUUAAGUGCAUCUACUAUGGAGUGAGGAGUACAAGGUCUGCCACUGAAGGUUUCAGAGGGGGAAGCUCAUUGACAGCAGUGGGGUUGCUACUUUCAAUAUUCUGAAGCAAAAUACAGUUUUAUAGUCUUUACUUUAUUGUUCACCUGCAGGUGGAGUGCUUUGCUGUAACUUUUGAACUUCACACAGUUUGCAUCACAGCAUAAUAGACACAAACAUAUCGAAAGCAUCCUUUGUUCAUGCAUUCAGUGCCUGUCAAAGUUAGGAGGCAUGGGGUAGUCUAAACAGUUACUGCUCCACCAUUCAAGCUAUUCAUACCCAGAAUAAUAUCGUGGAUAUUAUUAAACUACAAUGCAGACCGCAAACCUGUUAAAUAUAAGACAGCUUAUGGUCGCUUGCUUACAGUGAAUAUUAUAGCAGGUAUAGAGGAGCUUUAGCAAGGUACAAACAAUGUGUGUACACCUGAUCUUUAAAUCAGCUAAUUCUGCACUAAUUCUGAGAGUUGAACACCUGAAGAGAUCUAACCUUUGCAACUUGGUUGCACGUCGCUGAAUUUUCUGAGCACAACAUUUGAAACGCUGGUCCAGUUAAGAGAAAUUCAACUUGUACUUACAAACAUCACCCCCUUUUAAAGCACAAUUUUAAGGUUUCAUCUGACAUCUAACAUCAGUUAUGUAACCACUGCCACACUUGCUUGUCAGAUAUGUUGGCAUGAGAAAGCCUUUUAUUUUGGGGUCAACAGUCUGUAUAGUUGUAUAUGUAAACAUUGUCUUCAUGUCGUUGGGGUUUUAUGAGUUUCUAUUUUGUAAUACUGACUGUAAUUUCAUUCCAUCCUAAUCUCUCUUUUUUUUUUUGUAUGUUUCAGUAUGUUUCAACAUUCCACUGUAAAUAAUGUACAUAAGGUUGAGAUUAUAGUUGGGAUUUAUUUCGGGACAGCCGUGUAGGGACCCUGUCAUGUAAAAUAUGCCUAUUUUGACCACAAACAUGGAGACUCGAUGAUGGAUAGAUGAUGUUGAUGCAUAGCUUAUUUCCAAAGUCCCACCUAAAAAUGCUCCCCUAGUACAUUUUUUUAAUAUGCCAGUAGUGGCUUCACUGUUGGGGGUAAUGCAUACAGUGUGUCGAUGUAAUGUUAUUAAAAGAAAGUCAAAAGAGAGAAAUUGUCUGUAUGCAGCCAUGUGAAUGUAUAUUUCUGAGGGUGAUACAAAUACAAAAAACAAAAAAAUCUAUUGUUCAAUUGUGAUGACCCAGUGAAGUAACUUGUAUUUGUUUUCAGCAUUAAAUGAGUUCAAUAGUCAAAA